AUGGCAACGGCACAGGUGUCAGACAGUAGCAUUUGCCCACUUUGUUCUGUCUCUGUUGAUUUCCAUUGUGUUCUCUGUUGCACUGAUUUAUGCGAGAACUGUGUCCUUAGUCAUCUAAAAGACAAAACAAAUAAACACCAGGUUGUUGAUAUAAGGAGCAAACACGAAUCAAUUGUAUUACCUAUUUGCAGUUCACAUGCAAAAACUUGCGAGAUUUUCUGUUUUGAGUGUGAGGCGCCUGUAUGUACCAAAUGUUUAACAACAUCACACAGCGAACAUAACUUCAAAGACUUAGAAACUUUAGUUGAGUCUUUUAGACAGGCAAUAGCUUCAAAAAUGGAAGAAAAAAAGUUCAUCUUAAAGAAAUGUCAAACAUUCAAAGAUACACUAAUCUCUGAAGAGAUUGAAUUCGAUAAGAUACUGAGUGAAAUAUCUCAGAGGGAGGAAAAUAUGAUCGAGUCUGUUCACCAAGCUGCCGAAAAAUUAAGAUCAGAUGUCCUGAAACAAAAAACAGAAAGAAUAGCUGAAAAUAUUAAACAUGCCAGCAAAAUUACUAAUGCAGAACAACAAUUACAGAAUGCUAUUAAGAAAAAUGAAGAACUAUUGCUUUCAAAAAAUGCUAAGGAUUUUAUUUAUUAUGACAAAAUGAAGGACAAUUUUAAAGACGAUGCCCUAUUUCAAGGGAAUUGCAUACCGAGAUUUGUAGCCGGGGGAUUUUUAGAUGAUCAUAUUACCAAAAUACUAGGUUCCUUGUCAUUUGAAGAUAUCACAAAAUGCAAAGCUAUGGAUUCAACAAUCGAAAAUAGCUUAGUUUUGACUACAUUUCAAAGUCCCCAUGACAAAAUAAAUAGGAUUCAGUGUAUUGACAAAGAUAAAAUAUGGAUUGGUGGAAAAUGUCGCCACGUCUAUAAAAUGGACAGAACUGGAAUAGUGUUAAAUAUUUUAGAAAGUCCAAAAACUUUUUUUAACUUUAGUGAAUCUUAUGAAUGUUCUGCUUUAACAAUCAGUGCAAGUGGAAAUGUAUUCUUCUCCCACGAAUCCACUGUGUACUUGUUUGAUAAUACAGCAGUAAAAUUAUUCUUAUUUGUAAAUAAUUGGAUGAUUCAAGGUCUUUGCUUAGAUAGAAAUGGAGAUCUUAUAGCUAGCAUGCGCAGUAAAGGAAUGCAGCAGAGUAAAGUUGCGAAGUUUUCGGGAGAUUCAGAAGUGCAGAGAAUUCAAAGUGACAAACAAGGGAGGCGAUUCUUCUCCGCGGAAAAGACAUUAUUUUCGUCAUCCAAGUACAACGGCGAUGCUCUCUCCCUUACUACAAAUACUGACGGAGAUAUCUUUGUGGCUGACUGUCGUGGCGAGGCAGUU